AUGUCCCAGCGGCUUCUUGUCUACCGUCUUGUGGAACUCUACAGGGACCAGGAUGAUGUAAACAAAGAAGAGACGCUCUGCUUCAAUCUCAAUACUCGCGGAAUCAAUCAACGGGGUAAAGCGCCCUAUUUGGAGGUCGAUGCACAGGAAAGUUUCAACUACGAGCUUAUCUUUCCAACGUAUGAUGGGACUGCUGCAUACUGCACUUUGGUGAUCAAUCCGAUCGGUGCCAACGGAGGGAAACGAAUCUGA